AUGAUAAGACAACUUGGGUUACCUACACUAUUUUUCACGUUGUCUGCUGCUGAAGUUUCAUGGGAUGAAUUAAUAGUUAUUUUAAGCAAAGUCUUAAACAAUGUUAUUAUAAGCAAUGAUGAAGCAAAAGAUUUACAAAGAAAUGAAAAAUUAGAUUUAAUUCGCAGAGAUCCGGUAACAACUAGUAGGUACUUUGAAAAUAGAUUUCGAGAAUUUUUUAAAGAUAUUAUUCUAUCUGGAGUCGCAUUAAAAGGACGUCGUGUAACUGACUAUUAUUAUCGCGUCGAAUUUCAACAUCAAGGAUCACCUCAUAUUCACGGACUUUUAUGGAUAUCUGACGCGCCAAAACUUGAAAAAAACAAUUCGAAUUUUUUUUGUGAAGUUGAAAAAUUUAUAGAUGAAAUAUCUUCAACUUCAACUGUUGAUUAUAUUGAAUCUAAAUCUGAGGAGACGCAAAUUAUAGAUGAAGACACGACACAUCUGAUAAAUACAUUACAAGUUCAUAGACAUAUGGAAAAUUGUAUGAAAGGGAAAAAUACUUGUCGUUAUCGUUUUCCAAUGCCUCCAAUGCCAGAAACAAGAAUUCUAAAAUCGUUAGAUGAUAAUGUAUUACUGACUGAAAAAACAUUACACAAGAUUAAUUACAAAUUAAUUUCAUCAAAAAUUGAAGAGCUUUCUGUUCCUAUUGCAAAAGGAGAACUUAAUCACAUGACUUUUUACGAUUUUUUAAAAUCAUUAAAUAUUUCUUACAAAGAUUAUAUCAAUGCCUUAAGAUCAUCUUUAAAACGUGAAGAAAUUUUUUUAAAACGUCAACCAAAUGCAAUUUUUGUAAAUGCAUACAACAGUUUAUGGGUAAAAUUAUGGCGUGCAAAUCAUGAUAUUCAAUAUUGUUUACAUCCUUACGCUUGUGUUACAUACCUAUGCGCAUAUAUUAGCAAAUCUAUGCGAGGAAUAUCUUUAUUAUUAAAACAAGCUAAUGAUGAGGCAAAAAAAGGAAACAAAACACUUCAACAACAAGUAAGACAUUUGGCAAACACUUUAGUAAAUGGUACUGAAAUUUCAGCACAAGAAGCUGUUUAUCAUUGUUUAAGUAUGACUAUUUCGCGUAUGUCUCGUGUAUGCACUUUUAUUAAUAAUGGACCGCCAAAUGAAAGAUAUCAAAUGUUAAAGUCAAAAAAAGAUUUGGAAAAUUUACCUAAUGAUUCUACAGACAUAACAUUUAAAGGCAUCUUAGAACAAUAUUCAGCUCGUCCAAAUACUCCAACUUUGAAUAAAUUGUGUUUAGCUGAAUUUGCCGCAUCAUACACAUAUCACAAAUCUUUAAGUGAUAGACAAUUAAUGAAUAUAAACAAUGAUGAAGAUGAAAAUGAAGAAAGUCUUAUUAACGAUACAACAGAUCCAAAAAAUUAUUAUCGAUCGCUAAUAUUUCUCUAUUUCCCUUGGAAUAAUGAAGAAAAAGAUAUACAAGUGGAUUUGUGUCAAAAGAUCUAUGAACGAAACAAAGAGAUAAUAGAUAGUAAUAGGGAACUAUUUGAUCCUCAGUCUUUAGAAAAUCAAUUAUUAGACGCACAACUUGAAAACGAGAACGAACUUAAAGAUGAAACAAUUAAUUAUGUGAACGAAACUAUUGAAAGUCAACACGAAAUUCUUGCACAGCGAUCUCCAAUUUACAACAUAUUUGACGAAGAUGAUGUCAUCAAAUUGGACAAAUCAAAGUCAUAUAUGGAAAGAAUAUCUGUCCCAAAAGUAAUUGGAGAAGAAGAUUAUCGUAAAAUGAUGAGAUCGUUAAAUAUUCAACAGAGAAAUUAUACAAUGAAUAUAAUUUAUCAAUUUAAAACAUUAAAUCUACCUCUUUAUAAUAUUCUAAUGGGAUCUGCAGGCGUUGGAAAAAGUCAUGUCCUUAAAUGCAUUUAUCAAUCAGUACUUCGGCUUAUAAAUUCACAACCCGGAACUAGACAGGAAACAAUUAAAGUUUUAGUUACUGCUUACACAGGAAAAGCGGCAUGGAAUGUAGACGGUGUCACAUUACAUGGUGCACUUGGAUUUCCACAUAUACAAUCAAGAGGUGGUUCUCUAAACAAAUUAUCUGCUGAUAUCGCUAAUACAAUGCGAAUUGAUGAACGACUUAAAGAAAUAUUUCAAAAUAACUUACCAUUUGGCGGAAUCUCAGUCUUAUUAAUUGGAGAUCUACAUCAAGCAAAACCAGUUGCAGCAUAUGAAUUAACACAAGUUAUGCGUCAAAAAGAUGAUUUAAAAUUCGUUAAUUGCUUAAAUCGUUUAGCCAAAGCACAAUUGGAUACCUGUGAUCUUGACAUUCUUGAAACUCGAGUUAAUGUAAUUGAUGGAACAAAAGAUGAAGCGGUUUCAAUAGAAGAUAAACCUGGAAAUUUGCUAAAACAUAUGGCCACAGAUAUUAUUGUUAAAUCAAAUAAAGACGAUGAAAAGAAAAUACUAGACAAAAUAUCAACAAUGACAUAUCAAGAAACUUAUGAUGGCUUAUUUAAUGGAGCAGUUGGUGUUUUAAGGAAAAUAGAACAUGAUCGAAUAACCAAAAAAAUUAAUAGAAUUUGGAUUCAAUUUUCUGGAAAUUCUGGCAGUGAAAUGAGAAGAAAACAUCAACAAUUAAUUAUUAAACAAAAUAUUUCUAAAUUAUGGACUCCUAUUGAUGAGGUAAAAAAAACUUUCCAAAUUGGUGGCUUUCUUAAUAUAUCAGUUUCUCGUACUCAAUUUCCUAUUGUUUGUUGUGAAGCAAUGACAAUACAUAAAAGUCAAGGAUCAACAUUUCACAAAGUUUUGGUAAAUUUAACUCCAGGAUUGCCGCGUGAACUCAUUUAUACAGCUUUUUCUCGUGUAACAUCUAUAAAUGGAUUAUAUAUCGAAGGAGAUUUUAGUAUUUUAAAAAAUCUAAAACCUAAAGUAAGUGAUAAUCAAAUUUUCGAAGAAAUUGUAAGAUUACAAUCAGAAGCAAAACUUGAUUUAAUUAUUGAACCUCAAACUAAUUUUCCAAAGAAGGAUUGUUUAAUAGCAUAUUUAAAUGUGCAAUCGCUUAGAAAAAAUCAUUUAGAUUUAAAUUGUGAUCAAAAUAUAAUAUCUUCAGAUGUUUUAGUUCUAGUUGAAAAUAGAGUUAAACGAAAAGAUUUACCAAAUAUUGGAGACUUGAAAGUUGUGUCGCAUAUAUAUUCUGAAAACUCUACAACUGCUGAAGGUGGAGUUGCUAUUUACGUUAAAGAAAAUAUUAAGGCUUCUAUAAUUUACGAAACUAUUGAUAAACAUAUAAAUCCUAAUUGGCAUUAUGAAAUUACUUGUGUUAAAAUUGACAACAUAGCGGUUGUUGCAUUAUAUAUUUCAUCUAAUGUUCCAAUUAAAAUAUUAAAAGAACUUUUAAGUAUUAUUGCAAAGAACACCUGUGACUAUGAACACUUAAUUAUUUGUGGAGAUUUUAACAUUGAAUGCAAUUCAGAUAAUGGAAGAAGAUUGACUGAGUAUACUAUGAAAACAUUUAAAUGGUUAUCAUUAAUACCGAAAAAUGUGCCUACCACUAAAUACGGAAGUCAUAUUGAUUAUAUUUUCACUACAAAUCAAAAUGACAAAAUUCACAUAUAUGAUUUUUACGGUUCAGAUCAUAUACCGUUUUGGAUAGACGUAUCAAAUGAUAGUUGUAUUGCAGAUUUGAAUUCAUUGUCAACUUUAUCAUCAUGGAAUAGCAUAGACAAAGAAAAUGAUUUAAACUCUGAAUUAAAUUCAUCAUCACAACGGAGUUUAAUAGCUGAUACUUUAAAAGACAUAAAAUUAGAUAAUAUUAAAAAGACUAAAUUAGUUAUUCCUAAACUAAGCCAAGAGCAAAUUGAUAUGCAUUUGACAAUAAAGGAUUCAAAGGUAUCUCUAAUAAAGUUGUCUCAAACCCAAAUUGAAGAGCAUUCACAAUCCCAAGUAUUUAUAAAUCAAAACAUUUGGCUGUCGAAAGCAACACAUACGUAUUUAUUUGAAAAUUUAGAAUUAAGAGAGAAGAGAAUACUUGAAGGAUUAGAAGAUAAUGGAUGGUUAAAUGAUACACAUAUUACUAAUGGAAUGUAUAUAGCAAGAUCUCUAUUAUCAAAUUCUAAUGCACUGGAAUUUGAGCCGUCAUAUUUAUUUCAUCAUUCAUACAAUUAUCUUAAACCUCGAAAUUACUUCAGCUAUUUUGGACAGAAUAUGCAUCACAUAAUUAAUCCUGGUGGUCAUUGGAUAUAUAUACACGUGGAAUAUGAAUCAGAUAUAAUUACAUGUAAUGUCUACGAUUCAUUGAAUUCUUUAUCUACAAAUAAUUUUAUAAUUCGCGUUGUGAGUGCUUAUAUUAGAAAAAUAGUUAUUACUCCUAUAAUAUAUUAUCGGAUUUGGAAAGUCACUAAACAACCUAAUGCUAAAGAUUGUGGAUUACACACUUUAAUAAAUAUGGCCUAUAACUGUUCUAAUAUUAACCCAAGUUCAAGAAAAAUUUUAGAUUCCAGCGAUGUUUUAAGAAAUUGUUUGCGUCAAUGGUAUGAAACAGGAAAUCCAUCAUUGCCAAACUCAGAGGAAAUUGAAGAAACUAUAUUAUUAUCAAAAGUUGUCAAAUCAUUACAUUGUACAUGUGCACAAACAGAAGAUAAUAAUAUGAUUCAAUGUACAAAUUGUGGUGAAAAAUAUCAUCAAAAAUGUUUAGAUGUUACUAUCACUGCAAUUUCUGAAAAUUUAAUUUGUAACAACUGUCAAAAUAUUGAUGUCGAUUUUAUUGACAUAUCUAAUUAA